ACGGUACCCGUCCGGUGGUCUUCAGUUUAACUCAUAUUUCCGAGAAAUUGAUCGUGUCCCUUUUUUUGCGCUGUAUCUGCUUUUUUGUUUCUAAAUGUGAAUUUAAAUGUCAGUCGCGACAUGAACUUGGACAAGGUGAUACAUGAAUUGAUCAAGAUGGAUCUAUCAAAACUAAUUUGCUCAAUAUGUUCGAAGAAGCUCAGUGACGAUGAGGAAGACAUAUUGAGAUACGUGGAUGAACAACAGCAAGAAAAAUUCAUUGACAUAAUGCGCAGUUUGCCGCACUACGAGCCCAGUAAAGUGUUGUUGCAGGCGCUCGAAGUUGAUUUCACCAACGAAAGUCUGUCGAAAGAGAACGACAUCUUUAGGGAUUAUUUGGAGAAGUCGCUACUGAAUGAGGGAAACGUUUGCUCGGUGCUGGGCACUCUGCUUAGCAUCGAGGACGUGUCCACAAUGCAUCUGUAUGCCCAGCUAAUGCAGCCCAAUGUGAAGCUGAAGAGAGUGAACAACUACAGCUACAGCUUCAAACUGAGCAGUAAAUCGAACCUUAAUCCGGAGGAGAUCGUUGCACCAUUCAUAGACGAAGUGGUGCUCAUACCGUCGGCUAGCUUGCAGGCAUCCCCACUGCCCAAGCAGGCCAUAUUAGCGCUGCUGCCACACAAACACGAAUCGCUGCACCUGACGCAUCCCUUGUGUCGUUUUCUUGCCAGCGUUGUGCAGGUGACGCGUACCAGCAUCCAAUGCAAAUUCGAACGUGGCGCCCUCCCAGGUGGCGAUGUGCUCGCCCAGCGUUUUUAUGUAAUACUGCGCUCCCGUCGCACACCCUAUCGCUUCAUGUAUCGGGCGUUGCAGCUGCUCGCGCUGAGUACACAGCUGCGUCGCUAUUUGUUUCCCAAUAAGGCGCCACUGCAACCAGCAUCUUCCAAAGUGGUCGAACUACCCAAUAUGCCGCUGUUUAACACGAACAUCGCUCAGAACCUGGAGCAGCUGCAGGCCGUAAAGCAUAUUGUCGUUGGUCCCAGCAGCCAGGCGCCCUACAUUGUGUUCGGACCACCAGGCACCGGCAAGACGACAACCAUUGUUGAGGCCAUUCUACAAUUGCGACUUCAGAAUCCCACAAGUCGUAUUCUUGUUACAGCCGGUUCGAACUCGGCCUGUGACACGAUUGCCAUUAAAAUAUGCGAGUAUUUUGCUAGCAAUGAGAUGAUGCAAGCGCACUUGGCCAAGCGGGCGACGGAGUCGCGUUGGGUCACAGGGGAUGUGAAGCUGGAUCAUCAGCUGAUGCGAUUGUUCUCACGCUCCGUUUACAUCAAAGGAUUAAGUUCGAUUCAGCCGUUGCUGCUAAAGCAUUCCAAUUGUGCGAAGAACGUCUAUGAGCAUCUGCGUCCGGAAAUUUUGUGCGAAUAUGGCAUCAUUGUCGCCACACUGUGCGUUGUGGGCCGCCUUGUCACCACCGAUUUGGGAUAUUUUUUCACACACAUCUUCAUUGAUGAGGCCGGCGCAUCCACGGAGCCUGAGUCAUUGAUUGGCAUUGUGGGCGUUAAGCAGCAUGAUGCAUGCCAUGUUAUCCUGUCCGGAGACCACAAGCAACUGGGCCCCGUCAUUAAAAGCAAUCGUGCCGCUCAACUAGGAUUGAGCCACUCGCUCUUGGAGCGACUGCUCCAAAGCGAUGUCUAUGCUGUGGAUGCCAGUGGCAAUUAUGAUCACACAUUGCAGACGCGUUUGCGCCGCAAUUAUCGAUCCCAUCCGGAAAUCGUUGGGCUCUACAAUAAGCUGUAUUAUAAUGGUGAACUUAUCGCACAAGCGCCACCAUCCGAGGUCAAUCUGGCAGCCAAAUGGCAUAUGCUGCCAAAUUCCACAUUUCCAAUCAUCUUCCAGGCGACGCAUGGCGUUACAGGCCGUGAAGCUGACUCGCCCAGCUCGUACAAUGCACUGGAGGCAGAGGUCCUCUGCUGGUACGUCAAGUCUUUGCUUACGCAAGGCCUUGGCGGUGGCGUUGGAGUGCAGCCGUCGGACAUUGGUGUUGUGGCGCCCUAUGCGGCACAGUGUAAGCUAAUCAGUGAGAAAUUGAGACGAAAGGGCUACUCCACAGUGGAGGUGGGCAGCGUCGAGACCUAUCAGGGACGCGAGAAACCCAUUAUAAUUGUGACGUUGGUGCGCUCGUUUGCCAGCUUGGGCUUCAUGCGUAGUCCACGUCGGGUUAAUGUCCUUCUGUCGCGAGCCAAGUCGCUGCUGAUACUCAUUGGUAAUCCGGUAACGUUGCGCCACCAUCGCGACAUCAACUUCAUCAUCGACGAGUGCAAGUUGCGUGGCAACUAUCUGUUCAAGAAGAAGAACGGCCUGCAACGACCACAGUUCCUCAAAGAUGUGGAAGAGCAGCUGUCAGAAAAGGAUGAAUUUGAUGACGAACUGACGAUGUGGUAUGCCAAAAUGCCGAAGCACAUAUCUGUUGCUUUGCCCAAUAGCACACCAGAUGAGAGUAGCAAUAUUCCGGAUCAAAGCAGCAGCAGCACCUCCAGUUCCAUCAGCCCCUGCUGCACACCUGCAAGGGAGACGCUGAAUUCUAAAAUGUCCAAUCUAAUGCUAUGCAACUGCCGAUCCAGCAGCCCCCCCUCCCGUCGAUUCACGUCCAUGAAUAAUCUGCUGCAGUUGCAGUAAGUUUUGGCGAUUUUAUUGAUAUAAUUGCUGUGUGAAUUUAACUACCUUUUCGUUAGAAAACUCUGCACGCUAAUCUUUAAGAAGUUCGCAGUUUGAAUUCAUAUAUUUUUCAAAUAUCAAUUGGUUGUGCCAUAAGAAUUGUGCACCGCUUUUAUUUUUUGUGUUCCCUUGAUCAUGUCAAUAUUGGUGACGAAAAUUUGAAUUUGUUUUAUAUUAAGUUUGAUUUGCUUAUUCUCCAUAUUAAUUUAAGAUAAAAGUUGCUGGAUCAGCUAAGUGUGGAAGCACUUCUCUUGUGAAUUAUCCAAAUUUCGUUUCUUAAUCUAAUUGUUUUUCAGUAUUUUUUUCAAAAAUGUAUGAACGUUAAUAAUUUAAGUUGUUAAAAGAUAAUCCAUAUCUAUAAAUACAUAUAACCUAUAUAAUCAUUAUAACAUAUCCUCGGUGAUAACAGCUCAUUGUUAUCAUAUUUUACUUGUCUGUCAAAUGUUUUUUGUGCAGCUGCGAAGAAAAAGAAACUUCAUUUAAAUGUUAAACCAAAUUAAAUAAGUAAUAUCUUUAAGUAACAGAAAUAACUUUUAUGAAUGUUUAGUUUUAAUGGACUCCAAGAAUUAGUCUCCAUGUUUUAAUACAUUACUUUUUUUGUUUUUUUUUAUCACAGUUCUAAAAUAAAUCGAAAUACAACAAAAAAA